UUCGCUCCUUGAGGUGCCCGGACUGCAAGGGACUCUCAGUCAUGUGAUGCAAUGAUCUAAGUUCAAUACUGAAGUAUACACUGGAUUGGCAAAGCCAAAAACAACCUACAGCUUUUCUGAGUCGUGGAUGAGGCAUAGCAACCUUUGGGAUUAUUGCUUAGCAACAGCAAACACACACCGAGGAGUAAAACUCACAGUCCAGCGCUAGAGCAGGAUUGAGAAAUCCCUGAUUCAAGUUUUUUAAUGGCUGAGAACAGAUGGGCAUAUAUUUAGAUUUCUACUCAUUUGCAAAACCACUCUGAAAGCAAGAGGAAUAAGAUCURUUUUUAUAUCUGCUCUAAAGGAAGCAUGGCUGCUCAGCCAGAAGAAGCAGCCCAGAUUCCAGGUCAAAAAUUCCCUGAACACGGAGAUGAGAAUAUGACUGUCACAGAAAUGAAAACAAAUCAGGGGAGUGACGAGCUACGGUGUCUUAGCAAUUACGCUCCAUGGAAGGAGUAUUUUUAUGAAAAGGUACAGCAGAGAACUUUGAGUCUGCAGGAGGCAAAGCUGAAAAUGCUUCAGGCACAAAAGGCAAAGGAAGAAAAGGUAAAAAAGAGAGAACCCUGUGACUGGCUGCCCAAGGAGUGGUUUAGUGAAGAGAAAUACUCACUGGACACUCGCACCUAUUUGCUUGACAAACUCCUACCUACCUUAAUCCCAGGGGUGGAAAAGCUGUUAAUGGAAGUGGAAAGAAACAAUGUGCUCGCAGAGGACAGACACCCAACCAAUUUUGACCCAUUAAUUUUUCUUGGAGAAUAUCUGAUGAGGCAUAACCCCAAGUCUGAUAUUUUUACAAAACCAGGCCCAUAUGUGAGAGGAAUGAGGAUGGUCACGGAGGAGCUGAAAAUCGAAGUGCCAGAUACAACAUCAAACAGGUUGGCCAGGAUGAAGUUUGAGGCAGAGAGCAAACGUAAGCAAAGGGAGCAGGUGGAGAAUAUAAAGUCUCAAGUGAAGGAGAAGAGAAAGGAGGCUUUGGCAAUUCAGUUCAAAGAAUGGACAGUGGAUGUCAGUGGGAGAAUACCAAUUGCACUGGUUCAGAGCGCCCUGAGGUCAUUUCUGGAUGUCAUUGCUUCUGUAAAUGCAGGAAAAGCAGUCUAUGACAGGAAGCUGGAAAUUGUAGACACGCUGGAAAAAAAAGUAAACAUAGAUGAAUUCACAGAGUAUGUCCAUUCCACCACUGAGAACUUGACAAGCGACAUGUUCCAAGAGCUUCUGAAGCAUCUCUGUCACUGCGCUGGUGACUUCCGAGAAGCARUAAGACACGAUGUGUGGAGGCAAAUGUUUACUGAUCUCUUCCUAGCUUGUGACUAUGGGAAGGUUGGCCUCCUAAAUAGGCAAAUAGUCCUCGCCCUACUGGAAGARUUCUAUGACAGAAGACCUGUGGCUGCCAAGAGGGGAUUCUGUAACCCAAGACAAUGGCCAAUAGUUGAGCUACAAGAGAUUGAGCUUACAGAUUUGUGGGGAGGCCUUGAUGACCAAGAAGUUUUUGAGGAACUCAGUGAAGAGUCUGAACUAUCUCAGACAGAAAUUUCUGAGGGACAGACUUCAGUGUCUGAACUUGUACAUGAUGACAGACAAGACAUAGACACAUAUGGAAUGAGCACUGCAGUCAGAGAAGAUCUUCUUGAACAAAGGGAUAUGAGUGAAGCUGAGGCUAGAGGGAUUUCUGAGGAAGAAAACCAAGCAUCAAAUCUGCUUCUAAAAACAGAAGCAAGUGAUGUGGAGGUAAGAGAAGAAAGUGAGGAUGGUGUGUCAAUGAUGCAAAGCACUGAUUUUGAAUSUAGGGAUUUGGAUGGAGAUACAGUCCUUGGUGAGAAAUCUUCUUUCCAUGAAGACASCGGAGCUGAAACACAAGCUGAGUCUGCAAGCGUAGAGAGCCAGGGGGAAUCCUUCCCAAGAUCCGCCUUUACUGGAGAUGGUGUCACUGGAGAUGAAGAACCUAGAUCUGAAAAACAGAUGGAGGAAGGAGAAUUUAGCCUGGGUAGAGARUCAGUUCCAGAAACAAAUAUGGGAGAAGACCAUACGAUCUUGGGUAGAGAACCUGGCACAGAAGGACAGGCUAGACAGGAGGAGGACAAUUGGAUUGYGGAGCCAACUGAAACAAUUCCAGGACCAGCACCUGAAGCUACAGGAAUGGUCUCGGAAGAAGGAGCUGCAGCCGAGGAAGGAACUAGGCCGAGAAAAGAGAGUUUUUCUAAUCAGCAUGACAACCAGUUUGGAAGACAGGCAACCUCAGAGACAAGACUGCAGGCCGAAGACCUUUUGCAAGACCAAGGUCCAGCACUGUCAGCCAGAAAGGAUUCUCAAACCAAAGUUAGCCAGGAAUCUGAAAAAACAGAACAAUUGAUAGAUGGGAUGCCAUGGUCAGGUGACCUUCUGACUUCUGACCUAAGUGUCAGGUAUAGCAACUAUGGAAAAAGAAUAAUAGAGGACUGGAACUGUGAGAACUCUAGAUUCCCAGACCUGCGCCCAAUCCUUAUAGAGAUUGAGAGCCGCGGUGCUCCUCACAUCAGGAGUGUUUUUGAGGAAAGUUCCCUCAACCUGCCGCAGUUUGUCCAGCUCAUGGAGACAUUUGUUGGUAAUGGCACUUCAUUGCCUACUAUGAAGAGUCUUAUUGCCUUUAUCCAAGAAGAAUACAAACAGACAGAAGAGGAAAAAAUGGAACAACUGAAGAAGGUUCACCGCAGCUCUCUCUUGGCCCGACGGAAACUACUUUUGGAGGCACUUUUUGAAAAGUGGGACAGCAAUGCAUCUGGGUUUCUGGAUCUGAAAGAGGUAGAUGCUGUUCUAAGCACAUUCAAAGAAGGAAUGGAAAAAAAAGCCUGGAGGAAUGCAAAGAAGCACCUUUGCUUACGCUACCCACAGACCAGCAGAAUGGGGAAACUGUCCCCACAGACAUUCCAGGCUUACCUUGAGUUAGUGGUUUCUGAGUUAACGGGGGACGAGGAUGAAGUCACUGAUAACUUGGUGGAGUUCCUGAGCACAAGCGUGGAACGAAGUCACAUGGAGUAUCUGCAGCACUCGGCCCGGAGGAAAUGGCUGCACAGCAUCCAGCAAGCAGCUGAGACCAGCGGAGUAAGCUUGGAACCAGUUUACAGAGCAGUGUUUAAGGUCCUCUCCCAGGAUGCAGAAGCCCAUGGGGAUAGCAAGAAGAUCAGUGCAUAUAUUGCCCUUUUGGAAGAGAACCAGAUCUCACCAGAGCGAGGACCGAUUCUCCUGCGCUAUGUGGCAUGCACUGCAGAUGAUGCCCCAUAUGUCCUAAACCAGAUACUUUACAGAGACAUGAAAGGAGUAAGCUUUGCAGCUGUUGAAGAGGGGAAGCCAAUCCAUGUUCCAAGAGUUCAACUCCAUGGGAACAUCCACUUCUGGAACUAUGACCGCCCAGUGGAAGAGAGAAGAGGUUCAUUCCUGGUACUGCCAUUACAAGAUGCUCGCUGGAGAGUCUUUGGAAUUUUAGGACUCGAUACACUUUGGGAUGAGUGUGAGAAAACCAUUUUUCUGACCCAUGAGAUCAGUUUCUAUCAGGGUGUUUCUGGAGCAUUCAGCAGAGCCUACCACCAUGUCUGCGCACGGGAAAACAUUCUGCAAGAGAUGCUCACUGCUCUGGACUGGUUGUAUUCAAGAACAUCCAACAUUCACACUGUCAUUACGUAUUUUGUGGAGCCUGGCCAAGAAAAGACAUGUGACUAUGCUCUGCGGAAGAUGAUCACUGCAGAUCAUACAGGCCAAAGAGAAAUUCAUACCUCUUCUACUCUUCUCCUCAGAAAAGAGAACCUUUUAAAAGAUUACCUGUUUAAAUGCACAGACACUUCCCAGGUCAUUGGCACUUAUGUCUGUGGAGAAUACCACUUUGCAGUACCUCUCCGUGAUCUAUCAGGACAAGCGCUUGGGGCAUUAGAUCUCAGCAUUGGACAUCACUAUGGAUUACCUCCCCAUGAGUACAAAGACCUGCAGAAAAUGCUAAAGAUUGUCCAAGCUGCCUGCUCUGAGAUACUGAAGAUGUCUUCAGGGGAAACAGAACCAAUCUAUAUACUGGAGGCAGAGAAUGUGGCAAGUUGGAGGCACGCAGGAAUUCUUUUCUACCGGUUCAUGCUGCAGGACCUGCGUGAGUGUAUCCAGAAACUUAAAGCUGAGGACUUUGCUGAAAUAAAGAGCUAUGUAGAACCUCCAGCUGUGGUACAUAACAUAGUAAAGGCUGUGCUGUUGCUUUUCUAUCCRAAGUGGAAGGGCUCAGAGAAGAUUGAGAACUGGAGUCAGUGUAUACUGAAACUUGAUGACAAUUUGAUUCAGAAGAUUUACUGCUUUGAUCCAACUGCUGCAUCCGUGCAGGUUCAAGCAGACGAGCUGCUGGACUGUAUAACUGGCAUAGCUAGAGCAGACGUGUGGAGACACGGAUCCCUUCCCGCGGGGCACCUGUACGACUGGGCAGGGACCUGCUGGUCCUUGGUAGCACUCAUGAAGAGCCGCAGAGACACCCAGGGACCGUCUUCAGCCACCGUGGUGCCACGUUCUAGAGCUAAAUCAUUCAUCUUUUUGUCYAACUCCAGUGAUUCUGAGGGUUAA